GGCUGACCGUCUGGACAGUGUCCGAGGAGCGUGCGCAGUGCGCGCUGAGUCUUCUGGUUUGUUUUGCAUCUGACUCCUCCAUUUGUCCUCCCUAGUUUUCCCGCAGGGUUCACCGUGAAUCAGAGGGUUCCUGGGUCUUCGACCUCAGGGUUGUAACUUUCUGCAGAAGCCGUGCCUCAGGCUGCCCUGAACCUUCUCCCCACACAGCCUCCAUCUCACCAUGUGGGUAAGAAGACUUUUCCAGCCUUCCACUCUGCACUGGGCAUGGAGGACCACGGCCCUGAACCAUCCCCUGGGCAGGCAUCAGGGAGGCCUCCGCUGGACACAUUCUGGAGGCCGAAGCUACAGAGCAGUCAUUUUUGACACGGGCGGAGUUCUCGUGCCUUCUCCAGGGACAGUGGCUGUGGGCCAGGCAAGCUCAGCAACAGCCCAACAAAGUGGAAAGCUCACUGAGUCCAUGGCUGAGCUGGCCUGGGAUUUUGCCACCAAAGAAGGGUUCCGGGUUUUCAAAGAGAUGCCAGCCACCAAAACACUGAGCAGAUCCUACCAUGCCUGGGCGGGGCCGAGGUCCCCGAGGACUCCCAAGGGUGUGAGGGGUCACAGCACUGUAGCAGCUGCUUCCCCUUCUCAUGAGGCAAAGGGAGGCCUGGUCAUCUCUCCAGAGGGCCUGUCUCCUGCGGUCAGAAAGUUGUAUGAGCAGCUGGUGCAGUUUAUAGAACAGAAGGUGUACCCCCUGGAGCCAGAGCUGCAGAGACACCAGGCCUCGGCCAACAGGUGGAGCCCUUCCCCGCUGAUAGAAGACCUCAAGGAGAAAGCCAAGGCUGAGGGACUUUGGAACCUUUUCCUACCCUUGGAGACUGAUCCUGAGAAAAAGUACGGAGCAGGGCUGACUAACGUGGAAUAUGCACAUCUGUGUGAAGUGAUGGGCAUGUCUCUGUAUGCUUCUGAGAUAUUUAAUUGCUCUGUCCCUGAUAUGGGGACUAUGGAGAUCCUGGUGCGGUAUGGCACUGAGGAGCAGAAGGCCCGCUGGCUGGUGCCACUGUUGGAGGGCAGGAUCCAUUCGUGCUUCGCCAUGACUGAUCGAAAGGUGGCCUCCUCAGAUGCCUCUAACAUCGAGGCUUCCAUCAAAGAGGAAGAUAACUCCUAUGUCAUAAAUGGUCACAAGUGGUGGACCUCAGGCAUCCUGCAUCCUCACUGCAAACUCUGUGUGUUUAUGGGAAAAACAGACCCACAGGCCCCAAGGCACCAGCAACAAUCUAUGCUCUUGGUUCCCAUGGACUCGCCAGGAAUCACAGUCAUCCGGCCUCUGUCAGUGUUUGGUUUGGAGGAUCCUCCAGGUGGCUUUGCUGAAGUACAGUUCAAGGACGUGCGUGUGCCUAAGGAAAACAUAAUUCUGGGCCCUGGCAGAGCCUUUGAGAUCGCUCAGGGCAGGCUGGGGCGUGCCCGGAUUCAUAACUCCAUGAGGUUGAUUGGGUAUUCAGAGAGGGCCCUGGCACUCAUGAAGACACGGGUGAUGUCCCGCACGGCCUUCGGGAAGCCCCUUGUGGAGCAGGGCACCAUCCUGGCAGACAUUGCCCGGUCACGUGUGGAGAUCGAGCAGGCCCGGCUGCUGGUGCUGAAAGCUGCUCACCUCAUGGAUGUGGCUGGAAAUAAGGCUGCAGCUUUAGAGAUGGCCAUGAUUAAAAUGGUCGUCCCUUCCAUGGCCAAUCAAGUAAUUGACCGCGCUAUUCAGGCCUUUGGAGCAGCGGGCCUCAGCAGUGACUACCCCCUGGCUCAGUUCUUUGGCUGGGCCCAAACCCUGCGCUUAGGUGAUGACCAGCUGAAGGUGGCUAAGAUGGAACUGAAGAAUCAGUCCAGGCUGCAGGAGCCAGCAGCACGCAGAGUGUAGAUGCUGAGUUUGGCAUGGCCUGCAAUGUGUGGUCCUCACAUCCUAUCCAGCAGCUCAGUCUGCGACAGUCACUGUGACCUGAGCCUCCUGGGGUCUCUUCAAGAAGAUGUUUCUGGAGAGACUGAGCUCAAGCUUUAGGCGUGGAGGAAGGGGAUUUGGGUGCCUGGGUAGCUGUUCUUGAGUUCUUCAGAUUUGACCUGUGACCCCCGCCCCUUCCUCUGGGCUGUAGGAAUCUGGGCACCUUGGACUCUGAUGUCUCCAGAGGCCAUUAGGCUCCUCCUUUGUGCUUCUAGGAAAGCAGGGGGCGUGGUGCACAGCAAAUGCCCCUGGGAUGAAGCCACUGUGUGACCACUGAUGUGCCCACGUCACAGAAUACUGAUUCAGAUGCUCUGUGGUAAAAGGGCCUUUCGGGACACAAAGAAUCUGUCUACUUCCUAUGUCACAUGAGGGACAUGGGUGAUAAAGAUACCCACUGCCCCACCUAUGUCACAUGGAGGACAUGGGUGAUAAAGUUUCCCACUGCUCCAUGA